AUGUCGCCUUCUUUUCCAGUCGUUAGUCGAGUAUCAGCUUCUCCGUGGAAAAGCGAGGCUAGGGACUCAAGCAAGGAUCCAAAAGUCGAAUAUUGUGGCAUUGGGUUGUGGCGCCCGUCUUGCUUAGAACCGCUCAGAGAUAUACGUGCAUUUAUAGCAGCUAUGUGUUUUGUGUCCUGUCUUCAGGCUUCUUACUCUGGGUACACUAGUUCCCAGAUCACAACUUUGGAAAAGCGAUUCGCAAUUGGUAGCAUUGUUAUCGGAGCUAUCAACUCGUUUUUUGAGGUUGGCUACAUCAGUUGCGUUAUGAUCGUCAGCUAUUUGGGAGCCAAAGGCCGAGUGCCGCUGUGGAUCGCUUGUGGGCUUUUUGCUAUGUCAUGUGGUGCAUUUCUGUUUUCAACGCCUCAGUUUCUCUUUCACUAUGACUCAUCACUUUCUUCUGGUGGUAACGAACAUUUGUGUUCAUUAGAUUCCUCGCUCAACCAAACAUUCUCCAAAAAAUCAUCUUGCAACACUAAAUUUGAUGGAUCAUAUCACUUCUUACCGAUUUUACUACUCGCCCAGUUUCUCAUCGGUGCGGGAUCAAGUCCUAUCUUAACCCUGGCUCCACCUUUUGUGGAUGAUCACGUGCCCCCUUCUAAGGCUCCUGCAAUGAUUGCCUCUCUAUACGCUGCUGCUGCACUUGGUCCUGUUUUUGGCUAUGCUCUGGGUGCCUUAAUGUUGCAGCAUCCUAUGGAUAAGUGGUCAAAAACGAAGGUUAUUGGCAGUACCCUGACACCAGCCAGUGAGAAUUGGAUUGGCCUUUGGUGGGCUGGCUAUAUCAUACUUGGUCUGGGAGUUUUUAUCGGCGCUUCUAUUCUCAUAAUGUUUCCCCGAACUCUGCGCUCCUCGUUUACACCACACAAGCGGUCUUUGGAGUCUGACAUGAUUGCUGGCAGUAGCAACAGCGGUGGGACCGUGGACGGUGUGCUGAGUGACUCGAAACCGAACUCUUCUGCGGAGACCUCACUGCCCUUUUUCCUUCCUGCCUCACAGGCCCAACCGAUGUCCCACAAAUCUUAUCAGCAACGUGCAGUUUAUCAGCACCACCAGAGAUCUUUCUCCGGCAACGUGCCUGUCACCUCCGCACCCACUACCGCACCGCCUUUGAGUGUUGGAGGCACCGCUCAGGCCGCCUCCUUUUUUCCUCCUCGACAACACCAGAGAUCCGCCUCUGUUAGCAGUGUUCUUCACGCUGCGAUCAUCGCUGCGACCGCCUCCCAUACUGCAGAAGAGGAAGAUGAAGCACUGCCCUCCACCGAAACUGAUUCGGACAGCUCUUCAGACAAGCGACAGAGUCGAAUUGACCAGUCAGCAAGUGAGAUGCGGCGAGGCACGCGCCUCUUCCGGUCCCCGGUCUAUCGGAGCGAGAGUCUUACUGAGCAGCAGCAGCAACAGUACAGUUGCAGGUGGACCUCGGCCUUCUGGUCGUCGCGAUCUCCAAGCCGUGGAGUGUUGCUGCAGUCUAAUGGCCGUCUGCCGAGAUGGUCCCAGAAGGCUACUCCACUGGGUGUUCCUCCGCCGAUUCUCGACGUCAUGGUGGAGGAUAGCACUUCUGAGUUCCUUACAACUUCAGUCACCAAGGCGAAUACAAAGCCAGACGAUAGGAGCGACUUGGCCACGAACGGUAAGCCCGCAUCUCCGGUGGGCGCACGACGUUUCCAUCCACCUAUUUUGGAAGGCGAUUCGGGUGUGCCUCCACACUCUUCUUCCAACGCCAACCCCCCUUCUCCACCUUCCACUCCCACCGCCUCGGCGUCGAAAUCGUCCAUUUUUGUGCACCUACACAAGCACCGCAAACGUCGGCCGCGUAAAAUCAUCCGCGGUCGCAUCUUCGGUUUCCUAGCCGACUGGAGCAAGGAUAUUCCCAAGUCGGUAUUCAGCCUUCUAAAGAACAAAAUCUACGUUGUUACGUGCCUGUGUAUUUGCUGUGAAAUGUUCAUCGUCAUUGGAUUUGCUGGCUUCCUCCCCAAGUAUAUGGAGAUCGAGUAUCAAAUAUCAAAAGCAACGGCCAGCAUGAUUGCCGGUGGUCUCAUUGUCCCCUCAGGGGCUUUGGGUAUACUCGCAGGUGGACUGUUUCUCAACAAGGCGCGUUUAAGUCAAAAAGGCAAGUUGCUCACUGUCAGCGCUGUUCUCUUUGUGUUUUGCAUCAACUUCUUCAUUGUCGGCUGCAUGAGUUCCUUCUUUUUCCUCGGUUGUGAAAAUCCCAAAAUCGCUGGGUUCACUGUCCCCUACCCCUCAGGGCGUGAUAAUUAUUAUUUACGUAACUACGUGCAUGCACAAAAGGGUUUCCUACCCGUUACAAUUUUACCCAUGACCAGUACCCUACGCGUGUGCAUUUCUCUUUCAGUUGCCAUUUCGCAUCUAUCCACAUUCUAUAGAUCCUCUGAGACUGCUGACACCAAUGUGUCUAGGACCGCGAAACCCUGGGAAGUGGAGUGCUGCCGAUCGUGUGGUUGUAAUCCCAAUGUUUGGAAACCCGUGUGUCACGCUAAAACCAACACGAUCUUCUUCUCACCCUGCUAUGCUGGCUGUGCAAAGGGACCUACCUUCUUGCCUACCAAUAGUCAGUACAUCUACCACCACUGCAACUGCCUACUUAGCUUCGCUGAUACUCCCAACAACGAAUCUGUGUUCCUAAGGGAUAGCAGUAUGGUGUUAGCGAUCGAGACAGGAGGAGCGGGUGAAGCGUCCUCGCAAAUUUUCGAUGACGAGGUAUUUGCGGGUGUGUGCGCACCGGGCUGCAAGACGCUGAUACCCUUCGUGUGCUUCCUCACAAUCCUCCUCUUCCUUACUGGAGUGAUCCAGAACCCCUUGCUCAUGGUGACGAUGCGCUCGGUGAGGCACAGUCAGCGCUCCCUUGCCCUCGGGCUCCAGUUUGUCAUAAUUCGCCUUCUUGCCAACCUGCCCUCCCCCAUCGCCUUCGGUAGGGCCAUCGACGGAGCUUGCCUCCUAUGGAAGGACGAGUGCGGACGUAGGGGUGAUUGCGCCUUCAUGGACCUCAAACAGCUCACUCAGUACAUUACCGGUCUCGGAGUGACAGUGAAGGGCUCGAGUCUGCUGGUCUACAUAGUGCUGGUGUGCCUGCUCUCGCGACGAUACCCCAGUGCCUCGGGCUCUGGUGCUGACGAGGAGUUGGUGGUGAACAAACUUUGUAGCGAUGAUGCCCUCCAACAACGCUCGACACCCGACAGUCAUCAAGCUGUUGUAGAGAACGCUAAGACCUGGGAUGAACUUGCCAACCAGCCAAUCAAGAAAAUGCCUAUAAGAGCAAGGUGUCUUUCUAAAAGCAUGGUUUCUCAUGGGAAUAUAUUUUGUGAUCGCACAGCCCGUUGGGAAGCUAUAGAAUGCAUCCUAGGUCGUAGUGGCCCCCUUCAACGUAGCGACUUCGAGCCGUCUUCGGAGUUGUUUAAUAUGAUCGCGCAGCAUGUUCGAGUAUUGGUUGUGGGCGCCGGCGGCCUCGGCUGUGAAAUAUUAAAGUCUCUUGCCUUGAUGGGGUUUUGCCAAAUAGAUGUAAUUGAUAUGGAUACAAUAGAUGUUUCUAACUUAAACAGACAGUUUCUCUUCACGGAGAAGAAUGUUGGCCGUUCGAAAGCCGAAGUUGCCGCUGAUUUUAUUAUGCGUCGUAUAGACACCUGCAAAGUUAUUCCACAUUUCAAAAAAAUCCAGGAUUUUGGUUCCAAUUUCUACAAGCAGUUCGACAUCGUAAUUUGUGGACUUGAUUCCGUUGUAGCUCGUCGCUGGAUUAAUAGUAUGCUUGCAAGUUUAGUGGAAUACAAGGAAGAUGGAACUCCAGAUUUUCACACCAUGAUACCACUAGUUGACGGUGGCACAGAAGGCUUCAAGGGGCAUGUCAUUGUUGUCCUUUUCGGUGUUACCGGAUGCAUUGAAUGCAGCCUCAAUUUGUACCCACCCCAAGUUAAUUAUCCCCUUUGUACGAUCGCACACACACCAAGGCUGCCGGAACACUGUGUAGAGUUCGUACGACUACUCCUCUGGCCCAAGGAGCAACCCUUUGGACCGGAUGUCAAUAUUGAUGGGGAUUCUCCGGAGCACCUUGAGUGGAUUUUCAGUCGUUCGUGCGAAAGGGCAAAGGAAUAUGGUAUACAAGGAAUAAGUAUGCGAUUAGUAAAGGGUGUCAUUAAGAGGAUUAUUCCUUCAGUUGCUUCUACGAAUGCUGUCAUUGCAUCAGCGCUGGUAACUGAAGCUUUUAAAGUGGUGACCAUUUGCUACGAUUACUUGAACAGCUGCAUGAACUUUUCCGACGUUGAGGGAAUAUACACCUACACUUUCCAAAUAGAACGCAAAGACGAUUGCCUUGUGUGCAACAAUGUUCCAAAAAAUCUCGAUUUUUCGUCAAAAGCUACUUUGCGGGAAGUCGUAGAGUACUUAAAGCACGAUCCAGGACUGCAAAUGCAGUCUCCCACCAUUACAACACUACUGAAUGGAUCUAACCGUACUCUGUUCGUCGAUUUUGACGAAGCAAUGCAAGGUCUUCGAGCUAAUCUACAAAAAUCUCUCGACGGCAAUCUCACUGAUGAGCCAUUCGCCCUGGCUCUGUCUCCAGAGGCGGCGGCUCACGCGCCAAACUCCCUGCCCCCGCCCCUUGACCCCGCGCCCCGCGGCAGUACCCCCUGGUUCACCCUCGACCUCGCCACUACCCUCUUUAUCGAUGCGCGCAGCCCCUGCGAGUACGCUCUCGAUCACAUUGAGGGCGCUAUCAAUAUCCCUAUCCUCUCCGACCGGGAGAGGAUGGAGGUGGGAAAAAUUUUCUCCUCAGGUAUUACAAAUUUCUCCGUACCAUUGAAAAUGGAUCGCAUGCUUAUUCUUUUAUGCAGUGACGUUGUGGAGGCCCGUCUCCUCGGUGCCCGUUUUGCUUGCGCCAAUAUCGCCGAGUCUUUGAGGCCGGGGGGCCCACUUACACGUUUCUUCGAGACGUCGGACCAAGAAACUUGCUCACCCCUGCUUAUUGUGGUCUAUUGCUUCCGCGGCGGUCAGCGCUCCAUGGGGUUGGGGACCAUCCUGUCGGAGCUGAACUGUCCCAGUUGCGAAGUGGCCUGUCUUGCCGGUGGUUAUCGGGCUUGGCGACGCCUCCUCCUCCGUCAGCUGGGUGUCUGGCCCACUCUCGUUGCUCCCGGUGGACUUGCUGGGACCUUAUGGGUUCUCUCCAGCCUCACAGGUUGCGGAAAGACGCUGUUGUUGGAGGAGCUCGAGGCAGUGGGCGAAAUCACCCUGAAUCUAGAGCGGAUGGCGGGGCACAAGGGAUCGAUGUUUGGCGGUGGGGGGAUGCAACCGACCCAGCGAAUCUUUGACGCGCGUCUGCAUAGCGCCUUGCAGCGCUGUCUCACAGCGCCGCACGUCUGGACUGAGUGUGAGUCGCGCAACAUCGGACCUGGGUGCAAACUGGGAGAUGGCUUCUGGCAACGAUUGCGAGGGACCCGCGCUACCGUACGCGUUUGGCUCAGUGUGCCUCUCGAAGCGCGUGUUAAUUGGAUUCUACACGACUACGCAGCCUGGUUGCAUAACUCAGAGGAGAAUAUGGAACGGAUCUUCGAAUCAAUGGCAAACUACCACAGCAAAAAACGCCUCGAAUCUUGGCGCAAGUUGGUGCGAGGUGGAGAUUACGCCGCUUUUGUUGCAGAAGUCCUGGAGCACCAUUAUGAUCCGCUUUAUAAGAAAUCGCGGGGUUCUAUGUUGUGUCACUACGCAGACAUGGGUCUGCUGCAUUGCAUCGAAGUACCUAUCGUCGACCGCGCCUACUUUCGGAAGGAAGUCAUCCCCCAUCUGCAACACCUCUCCAUACAUAGCAGUAGGACCGAUUUUACUCAUCGAGAUAAUGCUCUCCUUUAA